AUGAAACUUUUCAAGUUUUUUUCCGUCGCCGGCUUCGCUGCUGCUCAAUCGUCUCCUUGCACCUUGAUCACUGCAACUUGCGAUCACGAGGGCUUUCAUGUUGUCCUCAGUGACACCUGCCGAUCGACCGACUACUCAGGCGUGACUGUCAAUGAGGUUUAUGCUUCCGGAUGGACUCAGAACUCCACUCUCCCAGUCUAUGGCGCUCCAAGUGAAGCUCCAUCAAUGUGCCGCUUUUCCGUCGACCCCGCUGAAUCGACACAGUACCUGAUGGAUUUCUCCUUCCUCGAGUGCGGCACUGACUACCCCGACUCCACCUCAACCGAUUUGGUCUACCGGAACACCAUCCAAGCGAAUGAGUACUACUCCGACAUGCUCAUGGGCGCCAAGAUCCGCUACAUGAUCACGUGCACUGGCGAUCGAGUCGCCGAAGUGACCAGUCAGACUGGCGACAUCACCGCUGAAACCGAGUUGGUGACGACUGAUAAUCAGAACAAGCCCGCCAGCUGGGUCGACAACAUUAUCUCGAUGAAAUUUUACAACGAUGCAGGUUACUCCGCGGAGAUGUCUGGCUCUACCAACGUCGUUCCCUUCGGCCACAACGUCUACACCUCCAUCGAGCUCGACAACACCUGGGCCGACAUCAACGUCAGAACCACCAAAUGCUGGGCAACUGAGUCCUCUGACUCAGCGUCGUCCCCUUCUUUUACGAUCUUCGAGAACUCCUGCCCAACUCUUCAGUGGGUCAAUGUUGAUGACUCGACAAAUGGAGCUUCGGAAAUUUCUCGAUUCGACUUUAGAUCGUUCAGAUACCCCGGAAGCAAUCAGAUCCAUCUUCAUUGCGAGGUCUACAUCUGCCACGACGACGCCACCGAUGUCUGCACCGUAACUUGCCCCUCCUCCCGCCGUCGAAGACGACAAGCCGACUUCGAUUCCGACUUAACCACCCUCGCAAAUGGCACCAUUAUCCAGGACAACGGUCUUCCAGCUCCUAAGAUUCUCUCUGCUACAAUUGAUGUUACCGACUUGGAAACUCCCGUCGAAGCUCAACGGGUCCAAAACAAGGUCGAUCGACUUUCAGAGCUGCUUGGAACAACCCGUUCGGAAUUUUCCAAGCUCGCCCGAGUCAUCAAGAAACUCCAGUCAGAUGUCAAUACCCUCUGA